UUCAUUUAACAUUUGUCUUUAAAACAUCUAUAUGUGCGUAACUCUACGAACCUGAUUUAGGUAUCUUUGUAUAUAUAUAAAAGAGGACAUUUCUUGUUCAAGGAAAAUAAGUUUUUGAUCCUAUUGCGGUCAGUCGUGUCUUGAAGUGGAUCUAGUAUAAAUUAAUUAUAAUGUACGGCAAAAUUUGUAUUUUAUUAUUCAUAUCGUACACUUGUCUCGUGACCGCGGACCCAGUGUCAUUCAUCAAAAAAUGUAAAUGGGACGAUGGGAAAUGUAAUAAGGAAUCAAGUCAGGCUGCUUUAAAAAUAUUUGCCGCUGGUAUACCAGAAUAUAAUGUUGGGGUAAUUGAUCCUCUUACGAUCGAAUAUGUAGACGCUAGUUCACCAAACAUGAAACUGAUUGUCACCGAUGUUGUGGUCACCGGACUCAGUAACUGUGAGGUCAAGAAGGUUCAGAGGUUCGAAGAUAGCUCAAAAAUAAUCGUGAAACUUCUGUGUGCUGCUGAGUUGAAAGGAAAAUACGAUAUGAAAGGACAGCUCUUCGUAAUUCCUAUUGAAGGCAAUGGUCCACUCUACGCUAAAGUCCCCAAGAUCCAAAUCACCGCAGAAGUCGACUUAAAUGUCAAAUCGAAAGACGGCAACGACCAUUGGCUUGUGAAGGCAUGGAGACACACUUUUGAGCUGAAGGACAAAUCUACGGUCAAAUUCGAAAACUUGUUCCCUGAUAACGAAUUUUUGAGAACAUCCACCAACGAACUGAUUGCUCAGAACGGUAAUGAUGUGAUCAUCGAAAUUGGAUCUAACCUCAUCAAAGCUUUAGUCGGUAAAGUCGUAGAAAACAUCAAGAACUUCUUCCUCGCAGUACCAAUAAAAGAUCUUUCGCUUUAAGUUAAAACUGAUGCCAAUCUUAGUACAAAUGCACUUUACAAAAUUUCAAAACAUCCUACACAAAACCUUUAAUAAAUUUGAUUGUUUUUAA